AAUUUUACCAAUAAUGAAAUCGAAGUUUCCAAGCCAAGCCUUCCCCUUGAAAUCGCUACGACAACGGAAGACGAGCCAGAGGCUUCGCUUUCAGGAAACAUGGCUAACUGUAACACAUCACAAACAACAACGGUGGAGGAGUCUCCGUCGUUCUUCGGCCUUCCGUGGCCCGAUCUCAACGACGGCUUGUCUUACAGUGACAUUGUUUCUUCCUCCGAUUCAGAAUUGACGCUGAUUGAAUUCUACUCUAGCAAGUAUAACAAUUCGGCUCCAUUACACGGUUGGUUGCAGCGAAUCCAAAAUGGACAGAUAACAAUUGAUGGUGUGAUUGUUAAAGAACCCAACAUAAUUCUCAGGGGUGGUUCAGAACUUGUCUACCACAGGCUUCCUUGGAGAGAGCCUGAUGCACCUUACAUGCUACAAAUUCUAUAUGAAGAUGCUGAUCUGAUUGCUUUAAACAAGCCUUCUGGUCUGCAAGUUUUGCCUGGAGGGCUUUUCCAACAGCGUACUGUUUUAACACAACUUCAGUGGUGGGCAAAGAAAAAAACUUCUUCCCUACUGAGCCAAGAACAACAUCCUGUUCCUGUUCAUCGCCUAGGAAGAGGCACAUCAGGAAUAUUACUUUGUGCAAAGUCAAAGCUUGCCAAGACUCACCUAGCUGCAUAUUUUGCUGAUGGCACAUCUCGUGUUGGAGAUAUCGGCAAUACCAGCACGAAGCUUGUCAAGGGAAGGAAAAUUUCGAAGAUAUAUCGAGCACUAGUAGAUGGAAUACUCAAUCAAGAUAAGGUUAUCAUCAAGCAACCAAUUGGAACAGUACGCUACCCUGGUGUAGCCAAAGGAUUGUAUGUUGCUUCGCCUUCAGGCAAGCCAGCAUUAAGCAAAGUUGAAGUACUUGAGAGAGAUGUGCAGGGAAACCAUACAUUGGUCCAGGUUGAGAUUGAGUCAGGACGGCCGCACCAAAUUCGUAUUCAUCUUUCUUUUAUAGGGCAUCCUUUGUUAGGUGAUCCUCUUUAUGUUGUUGGUGGGCAACCGAAGAGCUUUGAAUCUGAAUACGUGGAUGAAAGUUUUGCCCAAGACGGGUAUGGAAGUACUACUAUUAUUUAUAUGGACAGUUACUUUAUGCUUUUGGUAUUUAUUUAUUUUUCCCCCUUCACCUGGAUUACUAUUAGUUCAAAAGAAAUUUCUACUUUCCAUACACAUACUUUUGCCACAUUUCUUGUAGUUAUUUAGAUUGGACCAGUUAAUCAGAAAGCAGAUUUUACGAAGCAAAUGGAGAAUUUUGUUUCCAAGUGUUUGGAAAUAAAAGAAGCAGGACUUUCACCAAGAAUUUAUUAUCUUCUUGAACCUUUGAGCUCUCUCCUGGUUGUCUUGAAAGCAAAGGGAACAUUAUAUGAAAUCUAGCUCAAGUGUUUUGCACUUAUCAAAUUUAAAUAUGCAUUUCUUGGUGAUUGUAGAUCAUUGCUGAUUGUUUUUAAACUUU